AUGGUCGAAUGCGUUGGUCUCUCCUCUGCCCACCCCACUUUCCAAAAUGAGCUGUGCUCGGAACACUUCGCCUCAUCAAGGACCCUUCCAAGGCCCUUCGUUUCUUCAAGUGGGCCCAGCAAAAGGGUUUUCCCCACACAGUUCAGAUCCUACUUCAUCAUGCUACAAAUUCUGGGUCGCGAGAGGAACCUCAACGUUGCCCGAAAAUUGCUAUUUUCUAUCGAGAAAAAGUCCAACAGAGCCGUUAAGCUUGAGGACGAGGUUCUUCAAUACCCUCAUCGAAGCUACGCGGAAGCGAGCCUCUUUAAAGAGUCCAUGAAGCUUUUUCGAGACCAUGAAGUCCAUUGCUUGUGUCCCCCUCCGUGGUUACUUUCAACACUUGUUUUGUCUAUUUUGCUCAGAAGGGGUCGCACCAAUAUGGCCAAAGAGGUGUAUGAUGAAAUGCUUCGCACGUAUGGUGUUACUCCGGACACUUGUACAUACAAUGUUUUGAUCGGAGGGUUUUGCAAAAACUUAAUGGUUGAUGAAGGGUUUCGGUUUUUUAAUGAGAUGGCCGGGUUUAAUUGUGAUCCGGAUGUUGUCACGUAUAACACACUUGUUGAUGGUUUGUGUAGAGCGGGGAAGGUCAGAAUUGCUCAGAAUUUAGUGAAUGGUAUGAGCAAGAAAUGUGAGGGUUUGCAUCCUGAUGUUGUUACUUAUACUACAUUGAUUCGAGGAUAUUGUAUGAAGCUAGAACUAGAUGAGGCAUUGAUUGUUCUUGAAGAGAUGAGUAGCCGGGGCAUUGAGCCGAACAUGGUUACCUAUAAUACUUUGAUAAAAGGGCUUUGUGAGACACACAAGUUGGACAAGAUGAAAGAUCUUUUGGAACGGAUGAAAGGCAAUGGGGGUUUUAGCCCUGAUACAUUUACCUUUAAUACGAUUAUUCAUUCGCAUUGUUGUGCAGGAAAUCUGGAUGAAGCAUUGAAGGUGUUUGAAAGCAUGAAAAAAUUUCAGGUCCCCAUGGAUUCGAGCUUCAGUAUAGCACUCGAUACGUAG